GCUCGUUCAGCUUCUUCCAAGUCUAGCAAUGGACUCGUCCACCGGUUCGAGGGGCCCCGCCGGCUUCGCGACGCAGGCCAACGCCCUCUUCCGCAAGAACCUGUGCUUCCAGAAGAGGAACCUGAAGACGAACGCGUGUAUCACCGUUUACCCGAUCCUCGUCUGCGUGCUGCUGGUCCUGAUGCAGCGCCCCAUCGACAACAGGAUUGACCCGUCUAAGUACAGCUGCGGCUGCGCGUGUGUCGACACGGCCGCCGACGGGAGCUGCAGGAGGACAGAGUGCGGCGCCCAGCACUCCACGCCAGACCAGGUCGCUUACUGUCAGAUCCUGAGCCCGCCACGGUGGCCGGCCCUGAUUCAGGUGCCCCGGCCUCAGUCCCGGGCCGUCCGGACCGCCUCCCAGCCGUCCAAUGGUUUGCCUGAACCCACAUGCCGGGUAACCAGGUCUUGCCCCGCUGCUUUCCUCGUCACCGGAAGCAACCGCUCGCUCACCGAAAGUCUUUCGGGUGAAUUGUUCCCUGCUCUGUCUUCCCCUUUGAAUUUCACAGACUAUCUGGAUACACUCUCCAAUAUUGUCUCUGGCUCUGACACAGUGACGUUGCGUAGACAGCUGUUAGAGCCAACGUUUAUCUCAGAAGAUACUUUAUAUGUUGUCCAACCUCGGCGUCAGUCCAAUUUAUCUCAAAAUGUUUCAGUCAAUGCUGGGAUGAUACCCCUUCGACUCAGUAAGUAG